AUGCUAAGCGAUCGAAAGUUCUACAUGGACUGUCUGAGUGUAAACGGGCUUAGUUUAGAAAAGUGCUGCCAGGAGAAGCAACAGACUGCUGUGAACAUAACACACCACACAGUAAAACAUCUCAGAAGUAAAUCCAUACAAGCGAAUUGUUUGCACAGGAUCAUCCCAAGGCAUAAGGAUGUAUCAAUAAACAAGAUCAUCGGCGGAAACGUAGAAGAGAUAUACCAAGAGCAUUUUGGACGAUACUACGAUCAUCUUAACGAUGUAAUAGCGAGUAGCAAGAAGUCGAAAUAA